AAAUGUGUAUGCUUCAGCGGGAUUCUGUCGUCUCUUUCCUCGUCGUCGUCGCUUUGCUCUUCUGCUCAUCGCUUCAGAAAUAAAAUUUCGAAAAAGGUUGGCUCUGGACUUUUGAAAUUGUAUUUUUAUAGCAGGGAUCAUAUCACAUUUAAUUCGAGUUAACAAAUGGCGUCCGACGUGAAAGGCUUGUUGCCGGCCGACCUCGGACAAUUGGUAAACGAGUGCAACGUUUUGGUUGUUGGUGCUGGCGGCAUUGGGUGCGAACUGCUCAAAAACCUCGUCGUCUUUGGAUUAAAAAAUGUCCAUAUCAUUGAUUUGGACACUAUUGAAGUGAGCAACUUGAAUCGCCAAUUCCUUUUUAGGAGAGAACAUGUAGGCCGCCCAAAGUCGAUUGUUGCAAAAGAAUCUGCCCUGUUGUUCAAUCCCAAGGUUUGCAUCACUGCUUACCAUGAUAGUAUCACUGAGUCAAAGUUUGACGUCAACUUUUAUAAGCAAUUUAACGUGGUUUUGAACGCUUUGGACAAUCGAACUGCAAGGAGUCAUGUGAAUCGAAUGUGUCUGGCUGCUAAAAUACCAUUAGUGGAAUCUGGAACUGCGGGGUACAAGGGAAAUGUGUCGUUCCAUAUGCAAGGAAUUAGUGAAUGCUACGAUUGUACUACAAAACCUCAUCAGAAAACUUUCCCCGGCUGCACAAUCCGUAAUACGCCAUCUGAACCAAUCCAUUGCAUUGUGUGGGCGAAACAUUUGUUCAACCAGCUUUUUGGAAUUUCUGAUCCUGAUGAGGAUGUAUCUCCAGAUUCCAGUGAUCCUGAAGCAGUUGGUGAUGCUGGUAAAAUUGCACUGGAAGAGUCAAAUGAUACAAACGGACAAGUCAAGGAGAAAGUGUCCACUCGCCAAUGGGCACAGAGCCACGAGUAUGAUGCACAGAAGCUUUUCCAGAAAUUAUUUCACGAUGAUAUCAAAUACUUGCUGUCAAUGGAGAAUUUGUGGCAAAAGCGUAAACCACCGACCCCCUUGGAUUGGAAUGAUCUUCCAGAUGUGAUUGCCGGCAGCAGUUCUAUUGAUCAGCAAACUGUUACGGCCUUGAAAGACCAACGAGUGUGGAGCAUGCAGGAGUGUUCUCAAGUGUUUAAACAGAGCAUUAAUCAACUGAAGGAAAAACUAGAAAAUGAAAAAGAUCUAAUUUGGGAUAAAGAUGAUGAUCCCGCAAUGGACUUUGUUACUGCUUGCUCCAAUGUUCGAGCACAUGUUUUUGGAAUUCAACAGAAAAGCCGAUUUGAUACAAAAUCUAUGGCCGGCAAUAUUAUCCCUGCCAUCGCGUCCACAAAUGCAAUCGUCGCAGGAUUAAUUGUCACAAUGGCGUGCAAAGUUUUGAAGAAGGACUAUUACAAAUGCAAUACGAUAUUUGUGAUGCCACGACCGACUGCUGUUAAAAAAGAUCUGUUCCCAUUGGAUCAAAUCGUUGGGCCCAACCCUAAAUGCUACGUUUGUGCUGAGAAACCCGAGAUAAUUGUCAAGAUGGAUUUGGAGAAAAUGACAGUAAGGAUAUUGGGAGACAAAGUCCUGAAGACUGAGCUGUGCAUGAUAGCACCAGAUGUUGAAAUUGAUGACGGGCAAGGCACGAUUUUGAUCUCAAGCGAGGAAGGCGAAACGGACGACAUCGCCGACAAAUUACUCAAGAACUUUAUCAAAGAUGGAACAAGACUGAAAUGCGACGAUUUUCUUCAAAAUUAUCAAAUCAAUAUUACUGUUGCGGCCAUGGUGGACGAAGAAGAUGAGAAAGAUCGAGAAAAGUCUGGCAUCCUCUUUGAAAUUAUUGGGGAUCGGACCCAAUUGAAUGCAAAGGAACAAGUUGCCGAAGGGAAGAAGACAGAUGACCAAGAACAACCUUCGACGUCAAAGAAAGCUAAUCCUGUCCAUGAUGACGAGGAUGAUCUGAUGAUAAUUGAACCCACCACUGUAAGUGAAGUCCAAGUGGCUGGUACCAAGCGUCGCUUGGACGAAACUGAGGAGGACACUCCUUCGAAAAAACGAAAGGUGGAAAGUGAAACUUCGGAAGUGAUUGAUAUCGAUUGAGUAUUUAUACAUUAUACAAGUAUGGUUUGGAUAUUUUUAUGUUUAUUCUCAGUUUCUUACUAAUAAACAAUCUCUUAUUAUAUUUACUUAA